AGCUGUUGUUUCUGAUCAGAAUUGGAGGAGCCGGACUGUUUGAGCGGCCUGCACGCGCGUGUUCCCACAGAUACGUUUGCUUUGAGCGCGCGCCACCGCGAACGGACGCAAAGUGUGGAGAGAAGGAACCGGCUGCAGGUGCGAAUUCUUCAUGUCUGUUUUCCUACAGCGCAUUUACCACCCAGUGUUUGUGCCCAGCUCAGAUAUGACUGAGGUGAUGAUCAGCAGCACCCCCAUGGAGGACAUGAGGCUAAGCCCCAGCAAGGACAGACUCUCCUUCCAGAUAUUCCCAGAUCCCUCAGACUUUGACCGCUGCUGUAAGCUCAAGGAUCGACUACCGUCCAUUGUGGUUGAGCCAACGGAGGGAGAAGUUGAGAGCGGGGAACUUCGUUGGCCUCCAGAAGAGUUCCUGGUCAGUGAAGAAGAAGAGGAGGAGGAAGAGGAUGACCAAAACAGUGGCAGUCUUCCAAAUGGACAGCCAGUGCAGAAUUCGCAGCACUAAAGCCUGUGUGUCGCACCUUGUUCCUCCCUGUUUCUGAUGGAUCCUCACACACUGGUGACACUUCACAGAAGCAGAAUCGGCUGAUGCAUCUGUGCUUCAUCUCUUCACUCAUGACACCAAACAAAACAAAGGAAUGCCCCCAGCUUUUUUUUUUUUCUCUCUGCUGUGCUGAAAACCCACCUACACAGACAUGAAAAGAUUGUACUUUGCACACUUGUAGCCCCUCUCCACCUUCUUCCAACCACGGCCACCACAGCACGAGUCCCGUUUCAAACACAAUGCCCUUUUGGAGAGCAGCAGCUCGGCGCUUCAUGGACAGCUCGUACUCUGCGGAAGCCCGCUGCUGCUCUGAAGGUGACUCUGAAGCGGCUAGCAUCGUCGCCCCAGAGACUCGACAGCUGCAUACAGAACCAUUGUGGUACCUGUGGGAAUAACUGUACGAUACACUGUUCUUGUUUGAGUUGGGUUUCUUGAGUGCUAUAAUUGUUGUUGCCACUGCUGUCGGUAGAUUUAAGUGUCUGUUUGUGAAAAGUUUAGUGACAUGCGUCACUUCAGUUUUUUCCACAAAAGCUUUACUUCUGUGAACCUUCAUAGGAAAAGGUGAGCUGGAGCAGGAAACUGGUUUGGAGGAGUUACUUAACAGGUUUGUUUUUAUUUUUUCUUUCUUUUUUUUAAGUCUUCCUGUUGACAGCCAGCUGUGGGCAGAGUUUUGUAUAGGCAAUACUUUAAAAAUCUCUCUGUUUUAUGACUUUGCCAAAAGUUCUUGUGAAUUGUAAGAUGGUAAUGUCUGUCAUUUCCUGUAUAUGUGCGUAAUCCCCCCCCCCCCCCCCCCCCCCCAGUUAGACAUAUUUUAACUUUAGUGGAACAAAUCCACAAGGAGGUGUCACUUUUAGUGGACAGUGUGUUGUUCUUGGUAGUGUGACAGAUGUCCAUGCCUUCACAUGUUCUCAGCUUGUUGGUUCUGGGGCUGCGUGUCUUCUGUCACCUGCAGGUCCUGAAUUGUUCUUGUAAAGCUCAGGGAGAUUAGCCGCCAUGUUUCUCUUGGUGUUUUUUUUUUCUUUUCUUUUUUCUUUGUUUUGUUGUUGUUGUUUUUGUAUUUAGACCACUCUUCUCAUAAAUGCAGAAGUUGUAAAUAAACAUUGGAGUUUGCUACAAA